AUGGAUCUAACCCUCAUAUCUAUGCUUGGGAGCCUGCUAAUUUCAAGGCCUGUGAAUUGGACUUUGUCCCAUCAGAAUGCACUGCAACUUAAUGCGCGGGAGGCUGUUAGUGAGAUGGAUCUAACCCUCAUAUCUAUGCUUGGGAGCCUGCUAAUAUCAAGGCCUGUGAAUUGGACUUUGUCCCAUCAGAAUGCACUGCAACUGUGCGUUAAGCAUGCCAGGCUCUGGCUUGCUAAGUCUGAUCAGCCCAUUGGAUCUAACCCUUAUUUGACAUAUUCUGGAUUGAGGGGGAAACUAAACAAGAUCAUGGCAUCAGACUAUUUCACUACAACACCAGAGAUGAAGGCUCCUGUUGAGGUGGCAGCUGCUGCUGGCAGCUAUGGUUCCUUUCAAGUGCCAGCGCAUGGAUCUGUCAUGCCAGUCCAAGUCGAAGGUUCUGUGGUGCAGUAUCAACAGAAGGAAGAAGAGACAGCAAAUGCUGAAGAAGAUGAAUCAUAUGAUAAUCAGUUGAGCCCUGCAGAAGAAUUUCAUCAGGGGGAGACUGAAAACUAUUCUGAACUUCCCGUACAAAAUGAGCCCACCACACAUCAAGCACAAAAUUUGCAGGAGUAUGAGCCCAAGGAGCAAAAUUAUGCUCCUCGAAGAUCGUAUCCAAAUUACAGAGGUGGUCGUACUGUGGGUGCAAGCGGCCGUAGGGGAUAUGCUAAUGGCCGUGGAGGGCGCGGCAGGGGAGGGGCCUAUCAGAAUGGCCGCAACCAGCACUAUGACCAGCCUGGUACUUACUAUCCCAGGAACAACUAUUACAGAGGAAGAGGGGGUAGGGGUUUCAAUGGGAACUACAACUAUCAUGCCAGUCAAGCUGGCUAUGUUGUAGCAGAUUCAUGAGGCUGAUGCUUCAAGGGUCUGGUAGUCUCCUUUCAUUUCCUUCUUUCUUUUUCUUUUUUCUUUUUUUUUUUUU